AUGGCUGAAAUCGUCCUGGACAAGAGCCGCACCGCCCUGCUCAUCGCCGACUUCUACGAGGCGAUGAUGACCACCAUUCCUCAUGCCGUUGACCGCGGCGUGGUGGAGAGGACCGUCGCGCUGCAGAAGGCAGCGCGAGACGCGGGUGUGAUGGUUUGCUACUGCGCCACCGUUUUCCGGCCCGGCUACCCGGAGAUCGGAUCCCGCAACAAGACCUUCGGCCAGCGCAAGGCGUCGGGCCAGCCUGCGGUAUUUGACCCUCUGGACGUCAUUCAUCCCGCCGUUGCCCCAGCAGAGGGCGAAGUUGCGGUGGGCAAGCACCGGGUCAACGCGCUCUACGGCACGGGUCUGGACGUGGCGCUGCGGGCAAACGACAUCAACACGCUGGUCAUCCUUGGCUAUGCCACGAGCGGAGUGGUGCUGUCCACCGUCCGGUAUGCCUCCGACCUGGACUACAACCUGUACGUGGUUGAGGACUGCUGCUCAGACUCCGACCCGGAAGUCCACGAUUUCCUGACCGGCCGCCUCUUCCCGCGACAGUCGGAGGUGGUGCAGUCGGCGGACGUCAUCGCGGCCUUGGCUGGCUGA